CUCAAACCGGUCUUGGCGGGUUUUUCGGAGUUUCCGCCUCAAAAUCUUCAAACUAAAUUUUCUACGCAUGGGGCAAUAAGGGAUUGUUUUAUCGCUUGUGGUUGUAAAAGGGUUAUCCCUACGUUUGCAGGAAUUUAACAGACUAUCGAAUAAAGGAUAAUACUCAUCGUCUUUUAUGAAUUCGGAAUUUGUUGGCAUCGGUGCUGUUAGGGGCGGAGAGAAUGGUCCAACUGUUGUAAUGAAAAAUCAACUUAGUGAAUCCACACGUUGUAUACUAAACAGCGCACUUAGUGAGCUUGAUGAUACUCCCGGUGUACCGUCAAUGACCAACUGCCCUCAGGAAACCAAGAGAAAAGGCACCAAAUUAUUAUCCAAGCAUCAGAACGUUAGCAAGACAGAUGAAUUGUCUACCCGUCCUCAACCUCCAUGUUCUGUUCGAUUGAUCGACGAAGAAGAACGUGUUCUAUUUGAAGAUGCAGACGUUUUGGCUUGGCAUUUGGGUUGCCCUGCAGAUAGAACAGUAAAACUUAUCGCUAUUGUUGGAAAUACAGGUGAUGGGAAGUCACAUACUCUAAAUCAAGCGUUUUGCGGCGGUGCAGAUGUAUUUGUCACCUCGCCCUCGCAAGCCACGUGUACAAUUGGAAUAUGGGCCGCCUAUCUACCUAAGGAGGGCUAUCUUCUCAUAGAUACUGAAGGUUUACUUGGUGCUAGCCCUAAUCCUAAUCGGCAAAGACGUUUAUUGUUGAAGGUUUUUGCAUUAGCUGAUGUUGUCAUCUAUCGUACUAUGUCUGAUCGUCUUCAUAGUGAUAUGUUCACUUUCCUUGCGGAUGCAAGCGAUGCUUUUUCAGAACAUUUCCGCCCAGAUUUAGAAGCACUAGCUGAACGUACUGGUUUACCAUGGACACCUGGUCAGCUAGGCCCGGUUGUUGUUAUAUUUCAAGAGACGCAACAUACCCUCCCACUUGAUGAACCUCAUAGCAUAGCUUCAGUGAACAAUAAUACAUGCACUGAUCGUUUGGGGUCUGCGGAACCAUCUAAUGAAAGAAUGUCAACUUUAAGUUCAAGGUUUCUGACAGAACGCCUUGUGGCAAUGAGACGCAACGCGAAUGCAUUUUCUUCACUUGUGUAUGUUGGAACACAAACUAAAGUACCUCCAACAAAUUUCCAGCCUCUAGCCUCUAUGGUUGCCAAAAAGAUACGUGAUAUAUCUGUCAGAGCUCCACGCAAACUGGUGCAUAUAUUUCAUAUCCUUCAAGCACUUAACACUCGUUUUUCAUCCGAUCUUCCCUGCUCGUCACCAACAUUUGUUGAAGAGUACUUCACGUGUCCAUGCAAAUGUAUCAGCUGUGGUGUUAGAUGUUGCUUGAGUGUUAACCACACGUCAAACAAUGUCGGUCAUAAAGCUGAAUAUGUCGGUUCCAAUGGCGUUAGUGCGUCACCGUGUCGUUACGAACCAUCGCUUCAGAAUAAACUAUACUUUUGUAAGCUAUGUUAUGCCUAUGGUCAAAAAACAAUGAUGGUUCCUAAGAGUGGUGAGUCAAAUACCAAUGCUUUGUCAGCUGUUGUAAAAUAUCUUUGGGCUGGCUAUGUUUUAGAAUGCCCAAGGCAUGGCACCAUCUAUCGUAGUCGUGGUUACUGGUCUGGUAACGUAGAGCCAGAAAUGAAUCCUCAAGUACAUUGGGAAAUCGUACAUGUUUGGCAAGGAGAAAAGUCAAUACUCUCGGGUACUCAUCCAGUUAGUCAGUUAUUGUUAGAUGGAUUAACUGUCGUUUCUAGUCAAGUAAGUCAGUUGGCUGGUCCUCCAGCACGUCGUUUGGGAGAUCUUAUUGCUGACAGCGUGGCUCCUCGGUAUUGGCAACCUAAUUCCAGUAUUAAAGCUUGUGCUGUUUGUAAGGUUGAAUUUCAAAGUUCAUCAGAUGAUUCUGUUUGCAGCCGUAAUUCACUUGUUAGACAAAAAUCUGCUACCGAUAAAAAGCAACCAACACCAUCUGUUGUUGAUGAUAGUUCUCAGAAAGAUAAGAUGUUUACUGGCAAAGAUAAUUCAAUGCUUAAUCGGUCGUCAUCGUUUUCAGAUUCGCUAAAUAAAGAGAAAAGUUCUACUAAACCAUUAAAACCUUUUAUUGAUGACUUAUCAAAACAUCAUUGUCGAGCUUGUGGUAGAGGUGUAUGUGCCAAGUGUUCAACUGGCCGUUUACCUGUUCCGGAUCAAGGAUAUGGAAGUGAUGGUGUACGUGUUUGUGACCAGUGCUAUGAUGCUCGAUUACAAGAUAAAGGUAUCGAUUCAAAAACUCGUGUAUCUGGAAUGAAUUAUAAUCCUCAAAUCAAUAACAAUUCUUUAACUGGUCGUAAGGUAAUUGAAAUGUUGUCUGCUACAGCUGAUUACAUAGCACCAAUAUAUACUGGACCUAAAGAGCUCGUUAAAUCUCUUGCUCGACCAGAUUAUUGGCAGCCUGAUGAUCAAUGUGUCUCAUGCAACGUAUGUUCCGCUCCAUUUGGUUCGCGUUUAAGUAUUCAUCAUUGUCGUUCUUGCGGUCAGGGUGUUUGUGGAUUUUGUUCACGGCAUUAUCAACCUGUACCUAAAAGAGGUCUUGAUUUCCCUUCGCGUGUAUGCGAUCGCUGUUACCAGCCAAACAUAAAGAAUUAUGAAUCUUCUCAUCGUCCAACUGUAUCUGAACACCGAAGCUCGGAUUUGGCUAGUAACGUACCAAAUCAGCAAAUGCAACACCAGAAGCGUAACACUCAAGGGAUUCAAUACAACAAUCUUAAUUUAAACACUGCCCAUAAAAGGAAUUCCCAGGAUUGAUUUUACAUGUUUCAACUUUGAGGUGUAGUUUAUGAAUGAGUUUAUUUUUUUAACUCUUUAAUAUUCAGAAAACAUUGACGAACAAACACUGGAUUCUUACUGCGAUAAUAUUAAUGAAUUUUACAGGUGACAAGAGGAAUAUUACCAUGUUACGUAAUAAUAUGUAAAUGGUCAGUACUAUCAUUAUUAUUCCUAUUUUAUUUGUUACUACUAUCACAGUAGUAGUGCUAACAAAAAGUAACUCAGAUUUGUAAUUUAAUUUUUAUUAUUUAGCAUAAAAUGUCAACUUUGAUAUAUCGAUGACUAUUUAUUUCUUUGUUUUAUCAUUUUCCUCUAUAAUGCCUAUUUAUUAUCUUUGUUGCUUUGUUCGUGUAUGUGUAUGUAUGUAUAUGUGCCGUAUACAUACCAUUCUUACUACUUUUGUGAAUCAGCUUUGGAUACUGCUACUUUGAACACUUUCUUCAACUUAUUAGAUGGGAUAUUUACUAAAAAGGAGAUUUAUUUUUUACAUAAUUCUGGUUAUUUUUCCGUAAUUCACGAUUCUUUGUAUGGAAGUCUGUGUAUUUUCAUUACUGAAUAGAAAUAUGAAGAUUUAUGUUAUCCAGUAAUAUACUCUGAUUUGAAUUACAUACAUUUCGAUCGAUGAUAUAAAAUAGAUCAUUCAUAAGAGCUAGUUGGAUCUAACUAAUUCACUUGCCGUGACGUUUAAUACUUUUAUUUUUACUAAAUGUUAUUUCCAAAAAAAAAACAGUUGUAUCCUUACUUAACAUGUUUUCAUAAUGCAUAAUGCUCUUUAUCAUUCAGUUAUUUCUCAAUUUUUCAGUCAUUAUUAUUAUUAUUAUCGCUGUUGCUAAUAUCAUAGUCAUCUCCAUAACAACUACAAUCACUUAUUUUUUUAAGUAAAUAUAUACAUUUUCUUUUUGCCAAGAUAUUAAUCGUGCUAUGUUUUGUUCGUUACUGCUUUUUGAAUAUUUCAAUUUUCACCAUUCAAUAUAUAGCAAUAGAAACACACAAUGCUAUAUGGAAUUGCAUAAUACCUAC